GGUGCGGCAGCGGCGGAGUCGGCCCGGCCGCCGCCAUGCCCGGCAUUGACAAGCUGCCUAUCGAGGAGACGCUGGAGGACAGCCCGCAGACCAGGUCUUUGCUGGGAGUAUUUGAAGAAGAUGCUGCUGCAAUUUCCAAUUAUGUCAAUCAGUUAUUUCAAGCCAUGCACAGGAUAUACGAUGCACAGAAUGAAUUAAGUGCAGCAACUCAUCUGACAUCAAAGCUUCUGAAGGAAUAUGAGAAACAGCGUUUUCCACUAGGGGGAGAUGAUGAAGUGAUGACUUCCACUCUGCAGCAAUUUGCAAAAGUGAUAGAUGAGCUCAGCUCUUGCCAUGCAGUACUGUCAACUCAACUGGCAGAUGCAAUGAUGUUUCCUAUAACUCAGUUUAAAGAAAGGGAUCUUAAAGAGAUAUUGACUCUAAAAGAAGUUUUCCAAAUUGCAAGCAAUGAUCAUGAUGCUGCCAUUACCAGAUAUGGUCGAUUGUCAAAAAGAAGGGAAAAUGAAAAGAUCAAGGCUGAAGUUAUGGAAGAUGUAUAUACUUCAAGGAAAAAACAGCAUCAGACUAUGAUGCAUUAUUUCUGUGCAUUAAAUACUCUUCAGUACAAAAAGAAAAUUGCUAUGCUAGAACCCCUGCUAGGAUACAUGCAGGCUCAGAUAAGCUUUUUUAAAAUGGGUUCAGAAAAUCUUACUGAGCAACUGGAGGAAUUUCUGACCAACAUUGGCACAAGUGUACAGAAUGUUCGCAGGGAAAUGGAUUGUGAAGUAGAAAACAUGCAACAAACUAUAGAGGAUUUGGAAGUAGCCAGUGAUCCACUGUAUCUGCCUGAUCCGGAUACUACGAAAUUUCCUGUUCAUAGAAACCUGACACGGAAAGCUGGCUAUCUCAAUGCAAGAAAUAAGACAGGGCUGGUAUCUUCCAGCUGGGAGAGACAGUUUUACUUCACUCAAGGUGGAAAUCUGAUGAGUCAGGCAAGAGGUGAUGUAGCUGGGGGACUUGUCAUGGAUAUAGACAAUUGCUCUGUAAUGGCUGUGGACUGUGAGGACAGACGGUACUGUUUCCAGAUAACAUCAUUUGAUGGCAAAAAGUCUUCAAUCUUACAGGCAGAGAGUAAAAAAGACUAUGAAGAGUGGAUAUGCACCAUAAACAACAUAUCGAAACAGAUAUAUCUAAGUGAAAACCCUGAGGAAAUUGCAGCACGUGUGAAUCAGUCAGCUCUGGAGGCUGUUACUCCAUCCCCCUCUUUCCAGCAGAGGCAUGAGAGCAUGCGGCCAACUGUACAAUCUCGUCCUCCUGCGGCUCGUACGAGCAGUACAGGGUCACUGGGAUCUGAAUCAGCAGGUUUAUCGGCACUUUCCUUGGAUUCACUUGUUGCACCUGACACUCCUAUACAGUUUGACAUAAUCUCUCCAGUUAGUGAAGAUUUUCCUGGUCAAACAAAAUCUUCAGGGCAAUCAGGCAGACGCACAAAUCCUUUUGGUGAAUUGGGAGGCUCAAAAUCUGAAACAGAAGAUUCAAUUCUUCAUCAGUUAUUUAUUGUGAGAUUUCUUGGCUCUAUGGAGGUGAAAUCUGAUGAAAGUCCAGAUGUUGUUUAUGAAACAAUGCGUCAAAUAUUGGCAGCUCGUGCUAUCCAUAACGUUUUCCGGAUGACAGAAUCACAUUUAUUAGUCACAUGUGGCUGCUUAAAGUUAAUCGAUCCACAGACACAAGUUACAAGACUACGAUUUCCUUUGCCCAAUGUAGUCUUGUAUGCUACGCACCAGGAGAAUAAGCGCCUUUUUGGAUUUGUGCUCAGAACCUCAGGAGGGAGAGUUGAGAGCUGCCAAACUUCCAUCUGCUAUAUCUUUGAAUCAAAUAAUGAAGGGGAAAAGAUUUGUGACUCUGUUGGACUGGCAAAACAGAUUGCUUUUCAUGCAGAACUGGACCGAAAAGCAUCAGAAAAGCAGAAAGAAAUUGAUAGAGUCAAAGAGAAACAACAGAAAGAACUGAAUAAACAAAAACAAAUUGAAAAGGAUUUAGAGGAGCAAAGCCGGUUGAUAGCUGCUUCCAGCAGAUCCAACCAGAACAGUGGAGAAGGACAAUUCGUAGUCCUUAGCAGUAGCCAGUCUGAAGACAGUGAUUUAGGAGAAGAUGGAAAGAAGAAGAGAGAAUCUGAAGCCUAAGGUUGCCUACCUUAUGAAAAUUGGAAUCAUGGAUCAAUCUGGUGAAAUGGCACGAGUUGUACAAGAAGUGAAAUGCAGGUGGAGGGUCUUCUGUGUCAUAUAAAAAACUUCACAAUAUGUAGACCCUAUAAUGCCUUGAUCAUUCUUUCUCAAUUAAGUGAUUUCCAUUUUCAUGUCAGUAUAAUUUCUGUAUGCCAGAUGUAGCAUGGUGAUGCUACCAUAUUUGUUGCAAAAUUCUGUUUUCUCAAGGCUUCUCUGCAGUAAGGAAAAAACUGUGGGGUUUUGUCUCCACUUAUCUCUCUGUGCAAUUGACUGCUCUUGAAGCAAAACUCAAAACUCUCAUUGGACUUCAACAGUAAAUCAAAACUUGUUCUUUACAUGCAGUGUGGACACCACCUUGCUGAAAACAAAAAGGGAUGUCCAAAUAUGACAGUGCUAAGCUUUACCUAACUUGUUGCACAUAACUGUUCUUAAAUUUAGAAGGAAGAAUCCUUAAUAACAUCAGUGAGAUGUGCAGUAGUUCUAGAUAGAAGGAUCUUAUUUUUUGUUUCAUAUUGCACUGUAUGAUACUGUCUUGAUUGCUUUGGUGAAUAUAAUGCUGAAAGACUGCUUUCACCAAAAGGAAAAGAUACUGUCAGAGCUAGGUAGGAGAUGAGAUGCAGUUGCACUUUGCUGCAUGAGGAAUGCAUAAAGCAUUCCUUAUCAAAUGAUAAGAAUAAUGUAUAUACUCUUGUAGCACAAGUGCCAUGUUCUUGGUUUUUCCCCAGUAGCGUAAUGAAAAGCUGUAAGCCUUUGAGUUCACUUUUUAUAAAACAGUCUUAGAGUUGCAGGAACAUCUUGAAUUCCAUCAUUUAAAAAAUCUAAUGCAUAUGUAAAUGCCUUGCCACCAGUACACUGCACUUACUGAAAAGGAGGUGAAGCUCUUUGAGUCUUCUUAUGGAAAUUAAUUUUACAAACAGAAUGUACUUAGCUCUGAAGUAAGAGCAUAUGCUAAUCCUACAUCCUAGAGUCAAUCCUGUAAAGUGUGUUUCAAAGCAGUAUCUGUUUACAGCCUCUAAUCCAAACUCCAUAUUCCAUACCCUGUGUAAUAUUUAUUUUGUAUAGUACUAAAUGUGCAUUCACCUUUUGCUCCAGAAGAGAAAACUUGUUUGAAGAGAAAUAUUUAUUUUUGCACUAAUUACUAUAAAUACUAAAAUCCAGUGGAACAGAAUAUAUCUCUCUAAUAGUGGCAUGAAAAUAACAAAGUGUAGAAAGAGAAGAAUAUACUUAUACUCCAAGUUAUAAUAUAACAGUUAAGAGUGUUUUACGGUUUGUUUCAGGGCAUUUCUGGUGUUCAGGAAUGGAAGCAAUUUUCAGAACAGCUCCUGAUCGGCUGGUGAUGGCACAGCCCUUCAUAGCUAGAGCUGCUCAAUGCCCAUGCAAUAUGUGAGGAAUCUCAGGACCUCUCUGCUCCAUGCCUGUAGGUGCAGGGAGGGAUCAGUGUCCUUAGGCCUCCUCAUGUGCUGGAGUGGCCCCAUGCUGGCAGCAGUUUCCUUUUGGUGCACAAGUUCCUGGUCUCUGGCUCCUGUCGUGGGAGAUCAGGGGCAGUAGUGCAGCCUUUGCAGCACUGGGCAAGAUUGACAGAGCAGAGCUCCUGGAGCACUGCAGCCUGGGUGAGGGCUUCAGAACUGGGGAGGGGGUGACACUAUCCCUUCCUGGAGAGCGAAGGGGAGGCUGAGUCUCCACGUUCUCUUCCUGAGUCAGUUAGCAAGUCCUGCUCCAGUACAUUUUUUUGUCCCCAGAGUAGCCUGUCACUUGCAGAAAUGUUGCUGUUGCCCAGUCAGACCAGAUGGCAUUGCCCGGUGGCCCUAUUUGCCUUGAAUAUUGUCACAUGGACCACACAACAUCCGAGGCUUUUGUCUGAAGAAAGAGUGUCAUUUUUAUUUUGUCCUCUGUUCUCCACUGUCAUCCAUAGGACACUUCAUAUUCUUGCCAACAAAAGGUACAGAGGCAGGAAACCCUUUUUUUCUCCCCCCUUUUUGUGCCUAAAUCCUGGCUUACAGAUCAUUGCAUGGUAGCCAGGUUGUCUCUGCAGAUCGCUCCAGUUCACGUUUCUCUGUUGGUUUUCACUUACUGCUAUUUCUCCUUUCUAUCAAAUAAUAUGGCAGUGUAGCUCAAGGUUACUGGGUCUUACUGUAUCUUCCUCAGGUACCUGCUGAAAAUGAAGUGGUUUUGGAACAGCACAGGAAGAAUAGGGAAUCGGUGGUCUCCAGUUUCCAGAAUGUAGUCACCCAGCCUGUCGAUUGUGUUGAGUAGUUUAGCUGCAGUAGCCCCAGCUCCAUAUGCAAGAGUUAACAGAUUAGCAGUCUCAUCAGAAAGCAUUUCUGAUGUGUAGCCUGUUUUGCAUUAGCCUUAUUGAAGACAUGUCAGAAAAUUGAAUGGCUGCAUUUUUUCUUGAAACCCACCAUUACUAUUUCAGACAUAAAUCUGUAAAGAUGAUGAAGAAAGCAGGAGAGGAAAGUUGGCAGAUGAACUUGCUGUCAUAGAGGAUUUUUCAGAUUUAGCAAUGCAUGAAUGGAAUUACUCCAUUUGCAUAGGUGGAAAGCCUGAAAAGCAAUUAAAUGUAGUUCUCUAAAACCACAUAGGAGUGAAGAGUAUUUUGUUUGUGUCGGAGGACUAGAACCACCUCAGGGCAAAAAAUAGCUGCUGAGGUUUUAUUCAUGCCCUCCUCCCGAAAGUCUUUAGUACCUUGUUUCCUGUGAGGUUUAGAACUGCAUCGUUGGAGAACACUUGUUCAUUAAAAACAAAGUGCUUAAUAUUUUUCUUGAAAGUAGGACUUUUAUUAUCAGCAUCUCAUGUCCUGGGUAGGAUUUCAGCACUUGAGCAUUUUAUUAUUUUAAGUAAAUUACUGGUUGGUUUCCUCACCUGUAAUUUAUAGCUCUUGUUUAAUAUUGCCUUUUACUUACAGACUCAUGUUUCAAGCACUUUGAGCUGAAGUUGUAGUUUGCAACAUGUACAUCUAUCAGUAUUUCAGACACUCCUGAAAAUACUGUUUCAAGUACCUGAUUUGAAAGUGACUUUGCAUUGGUACUGCAGCCACAGUGUUGUUGAGGACUGUUUUUUUUAUGUUGCUAAUUGAAGCCUUGUAGUUCCUGCCACAUUUUUCCCCUUAGGUAAGGGGAUAUUGAGUUUGUUACGCUAGAUAAAUUUACAUGCUGCAGACCAAGCAAGUCUUGCUGCCCAUUGUUCCAAGCUACAUACAUUUUUUAUGUAUGUAAUGGCAUGAAUAUAUCAAAAGUCUGCUUAUGGGUAUGCAUUUUAUUGCAUUAUAGUUAAUACGCAGCACUCCUCUGUGGCCACUAACGGCUUUCUCCAAGUUUAAAUCAGAGGACAAGUUGAGUCAUAUGCAGUGUAUCCAUAUAUAACUGGUUAUGAGCAAGUAGUGUAAACUAAUUUGAAUAUGACUGUCUUGUCAUACUUCCUUCAUCUCUUUAGGUCUGAAAUUGUAUAAAGACAAUUUACUGUCUAACAAGUAAUAUUUAGGAGUUAAGAAACAUUCCCCCUCUACUGUGCUGUCAGAUUUCAUCUUUAUAUAGAUGUAAACACUGAGCUAACAUUUUGCAACAGCUGAAGCUAUUUUUGGACCUAUAAUUUAUGUACAUUGAUAUAAAGAAGCAAAUGUGCCUGCACGUAAGUUUAAGGUAAAAUCUGAUCAAUUAGUUGCACAGAAUUUGGGAGAAGCCAAUGGAGAAAACUAUGUCACAAUAUAGUCUCUUGUUAUUUCAGAAGUAAUUCACAUAGAGAACGAAAACCUGUCUCUGCUUAGUGAAUUUAGUAGAGAUAUUGUCUAGUCUAACAGUGAGAGCUGGUAUUCUAUAUUCCUUCUGCUGCUCUGUUUUACAGAAUCUCUUGCAAGUCAAUCAAGGCCUCUGAGGCUUUUCUCUUUAACCCAGUAGUAAGUUGAUUUUUUUGUUUUCCUUGCCACAGUGGUAUGUAAGUUGUCAUGACAAGAACAAGUCAGUGUGUCAUUGUGAAUGCACUUGUGUUCCUCAUGAAGUUUCUAUUGCAAGCCAAGGAUUUUGUACUACCUUUCAGGUCAUUUUUAUAAUAGAGUGGUCAAAUUCUUCCGAUGAUAUUCUGGACUGGUCCUGUUCUAGUGAAGUGUAAGUGAUUUUUGCAAUGUUUGAGACCGACUUGCACAUUUUCCCAGAAUAGCUGUAUUAAAAACCUCCAGUGGCAUAUUUGUGUCAACUUUGAUUGUUGUAUAAUCUUGGAAACAUGGAUAGUAAACCUGCUGUGCCAGGGCUUCAGUCAAUGUUCUGUUGAUUAAAUAAAAGCUUAACUAUAGGAACUUUCUGGGUGGGAUUUGUACUAAUCAAAAAACCUCCUGCAUUUUUCAUACCACUGACUUCCAGGAAGUUAUUGGUGAUAGGAUGUGUUCCCUUCCUCUGAACAAAGUUUUAACACGUAGUUAUAUUGCUGUUGUCAAAGUGUAUCUCCUCUUAAUUCUAACCAUAUUAGGCAGAUAACCUCAGAGGAAGUUAUUGUACUUGGGAAUGCUGAUAACUUGUUUUUGCAACAAUCAAAGACUGAACAGUAGAAGACUAUUCUUAAACAUCGUAACUGCCUAUUGAGCACACGUUAGUGUGGUCAUCUGACAAGGUGUAGCACUCUGCAGAGCUGUGGUUAUAAUGGUCAGAAUUCACAUGUACAGAGGCUUAUAUAUAUACCAGCACAACCAUUAACAUGGGUACUGAUACAUAUCUUCGUGGGCUUUGUUAGUUUAUUGUAUGAUAAACACCAUGUAAAAAGCAAAUGGUCAUAACUACAUCAUGGUUAAAUUUGUAUUUUAUAAGGUUUGUAGAUUUUUCUGGGGAAAAGCAGACUUUUGGAUUAUGUAACUUCUGUGAUAAAGAUGCAUGUAUAACUAGAAAAAAAUCUAUGCUUACUUGAUAAUGAAGGAAUAAAUACUACUCAUGCCAAGU